GUUGCUCCCCAUUUUAUUUCAUUGAAACAAGUUUAUUGAAAAUUUCUGAAACCAGCCAUGUUCGAUACAACUAAGUACUUUCCACGUUCGGUUGACUCUGAACACCCAUCCCAAUCAGAAUCCGAAGAUCUUGCGCCUUUGGACAAUCCGGUUAAAUAUGAUAUGGUUCAUAAUCUAGAAGGAGAUUCUCCGUAUCCAAAUUUCCUCACAGAAGAAACAUCGAAAGAUAAAGGGGAUACGCAAGAUGCUCACACUUCAACUCCCCAAUUGAUGAUUAUAUUUGAAGACGGGGACAUCAAUAGUGCCCUGCACUUUCUAAUUGAAUCGGCUCAUAAUCCCUUUGCCCCAAAUGCUGUGGCUAUGGUUCUGGUUGAGGAGAAAAUUCGAGAAGAGAUCAUCACAAGAAUUCUUCCUAAACUACACCCACUUUCUGAAUUCGUGGCAGAACAUCCUAACUAUCUGGCAGCUCUGGAGAAAUGCGAAUCAUCCAAUUUGGAAAUAAUAAGAGCUAACAAUACUGAGGUGGCCCCUCCACUGGCUUCUCCAAUUUUUGUGUGCGAAUGCAACCAUGAUGUUCUUGGAAAUUACCCCACUGGGGUUAUAACAUUCUAUACCUUCCGGAACAAUAGGGAGGCCAUUGAUAUAUGCCAGCGGGAAACCCUGAACUUCGCAUCCGUUUCCAUUUGGAACGAAAUUCUGGAGGGAUCUUAUGAUCUCGUGGUGGCCCUCAAUGCAUCCAAUUUUUUCCUCAACUGCUCCAAUGUGAAUUUAUCCCCUAUCUCAAAGCAUUUCGAAGCCGAACGAAAUCACGUGGUAAUUGAAAAUGCCUUCCACUUUGAAACCCUUUGCAUCUACAAUAAGUUCAAAAUCAUUGUAUUUCCCAUUGGCGAAUUAAUUUUGUCAGGGACGGAAGACUCCAAGGUGGAGCAAUCGCCCAUCUCCUUUUUGGAAGCUUAAGAUUGAAAUAUCUUGUUUGUUUCCUCGUCAAAAUGUGUACUUACCAACCAAAUUUGGUUGCCAAAAAUGUUUGCUAAAUACAAAUCGUAAGUUAUUUUUGGGUAUUUUUAUGAUAAUUGACAGUGACGAUAUGAAUCGAAUAUGAAGGCAGCUGUCAGCAGUAAUAACCAUAUUUCUUUUGUUUUGCAUAUCGAAUUUUUGGGUCGCCUUAAUGAACGCGGGUUAUGUAAAUUCAGGUUUGCGAUACCAGUCGAUCGAAGCAUGACUAAUUUUGGACAGUGCACUUUAUUUUUGCCGUAAUUGAUCUUUGAUUGCAUUAUAUCUGUUGCUAAUAGUUGGUAUUUUGAUAUGUUGGGUAUUUUAGUUGUCUAUUCAGCCUAAGGCAGAUCUUCAUAGCCCAUUAGCCAGACGUUAUGAAACAUUUACGAUGGUGUAUAAAUUUACGAUCGCAAAGCUUUCCAGGAGUCACCACAAGCCGGACACAUCUGCCCCAUAAAACCAUCUCUUUAUGGGAGGUUGGAUGAGUGUGAGUGACGCCAGCUCGUCGCUUUCUGGCACUUAAGGCCCGAAUCCAAAAAUAAAGCCGCGCUCAUCAAUGUGAUUAUCAGUUUUGGUAUUUUUUUUGUCUCGCCUGGAAUUUAUUUCGCAUAAAUCUCCCGCAAAUGUCUGGUAGAAUAUGAUGGGGAGAGAGGGCUUAUCAGGUGCAGCCUAACUGCAGUCACACCCACCUUUGGAGCUCUGGACCUCUGGACAUCUGGACACCAGACUCAUCCUGUCCCCUCAUCGGCCUCUGGGAAAUUCAUUAUAAAAUGCGGUUUGAAUUAUUUGUCAAAAUGUCUGGUCCAGGACGCAGUGACAUUGAUGUUGACAUUGACAGACAGACUGGGUCGAAUGUCCCCGGCAGACCGAGCCCAACUCACUUAUUGGAUGCGACAAAAUAAAUGAAAUUGUUAAUGGCCAGUGAGUCACCUCUUCAACCAGUUGAUAGCAUCAUCAUCGUCAUCUGUCCGAUGGCCA